AUGGGGGGGGGGGGGGGGGGGGGGGGGGGGGGGGGGGGGGGGGGGGGGGGGGGGGGGGGGGGGGGGGGGGGGGGGGGGGGGGGGGGGGGGGGGGGGGGGGGGGGGGGGGGGGGGGGGGGGGGGGGGGGGGGGGGGGGGGGGGGGGGGGGGGGGGGGGGGGGGGGGGGGGGGGGGGGGGGGGGGGGGGGGGGGGGGGGGGGGGGGGGGGGGGGGGGGGGGGGGGGGGGGGGGGGGGGGGGGGGGGGGGGGGGGGGGGGGGGGGGGGGGGGGGGGGGGGGGGGGGGGGGGGGGGGGGGGGGGGGGGGGGGGGGGGGGGGGGGGGGGGGGGGGGGGGGGGGGGGGGGGGGGGGGGGGGGGGGGGGGGGGGGGGGGGGGGGGGGGGGGGGGGGGGGGGGGGGGGGGGGGGGGGUGGGGGGGGGGGGGGGGGGGGGGGGGGGGGGGGGGGGGGGGGGGGGGGGGGGGGGGGGGGGGGGGGGGGGGGGGGGGGGGGGGGGGGGGGGGGGGGGGGGGGGGGGGGGGGGGGGGGGGGGGGGGGGGGGGGGGGGGGGGGGGGGGGGGGGGGGGGGGGGGGGGGGGGGGGGGGGGGGGGGGGGGGGGGGGGGGGGGGGGGGGGGGGGGGGGGGGGGGGGGGGGGGGGGGGGGGGGGGGGGGGGGGGGGGGGGGGGGGGGGGGGGGGGGGGGGGUGGGGGGGGGGGGGGGGGGGGGGGGGGGGGGGGGGGGGGGGGGGGGGGGGGGGGGGGGGGGGGGGGGGGGGGGGGGGGGGGGGGGGGGGGGGGGGGGGGGGGGGGGGGGGGGGGGGGGGGGGGGGGGGGGGGGGGGGGGGGGGGGGGGGGGGGGGGGGGGGGGGGGGGGGGGGGGGGGGGGGUGGGGGGGGGGGGGGGGGGGGGGGGGGGGGGGGGGGGGGGGGGGGGGGGGGGGGGGGGGGGGGGGGGGGGGGGGGGGGGGGGGGGGGGGGGGGGGGGGGGGGGGGGGGUGUCGCUUAUACGCCGUAACGGCGCUUCGCUGCCGCGCGACCACCACCAGUCGCGCGCGGGCUGA